AUUAUUUUAGUCUAUGGCAAAUAAUAGCCGCUGAGCGAAAUAUUAUGUCAACAAAGUAUUGGAAAUCCUUGGAACUCAGCUCAAAAUUCUGAAAUGAAUUUCUUAUAUAGCUAGCUUUAGAUAUUUUAUUUUGUUGUAUGUUUGUGACGCCACUAGGUACUGCAACUAUAGCGAAAUGCAACACAAUCAUACAUAAGUUACGGCCUUUGUGUGAGAAUGUCAAUCAAAAUAUUAGCUGAUAACACUCUUAUCAGUUAGCGAGUGAAGUGGUGUCUAAAGAACAACUUUAAAAACAAAAUGUUCAAAUUACUGGUUUUAACAUUAUACUUAAGCUUUAAUUAUUGUUUAGUGGAAGGCGAAAGAAAUAUUCCGACUGUAAUAACGACAUGGUCAUUCACAAAUGCUUCAGAAAAAGCAUGGGAAGUCCUUAAGAAUGGAGGCAAAGCUUUAGAUGCUGUAGAACAAGGUGGCAUAGUAUGUGAAAACGAGCAAUGUGAUCGGACAGUGGGAUAUGGAGGAAGUCCUGAUGAAGAUGGGGAGACAACACUAGAUGCCUUUAUAAUGGAUGGGAAAACAAUGAAUGUUGGUGCAGUGGCAGCUCUACGGAGGAUAAAAAGUGCAAUAUCAGUUGCUCGACAUGUUAUGGAGUACACAAAACAUUCAUUCCUGGCUGGAGAAUUGGCUACAAAGUUUGCUGUUGAAAUGGGAUUCAAGGAAGAGUCUCUUUCAACCGAUGAAUCUAUGGAAUUAUGGUCAAAAUGGCGGUUUCAAAAACAAUGCCAACCUAAUUUUCGGAAGAAUGUGAAACCAGAUCCACGUAAACAUUGUGGGCCUUAUCAUAAAAAGAGGAAUUUUAUUGAUUACAUACAUCCUGAAGUGUUUGUAGUUGACCGAUAUAAUCAUGACACCAUCGGUAUGGUUGCUGUGGACAGUGAAGGAGAUGUAGCAGCUGGUACUUCUACUAAUGGUGCUAAGUUCAAAAUACCUGGAAGAGUAGGCGACUCUCCCAUUCCCGGUGCAGGGGCUUACGCUGACAAUACAGUAGGAGGAGCAGCAGCUACUGGUGACGGCGACACCAUGAUGAGGUUUCUACCUAGUUUCUUAGCAGUAGAGGAAAUGCGUCGAGGCGCAUCACCAACGGAUGCCGCGAAAACUGCAAUCAAAAGAAUCUCAGCACAUCAUCCUGAUUUCAUGGGUGCUGUAAUAGCUUUAACCAAAAAUGGUCAAUACGGGGCCGCGUGUAAUGGUAUUGAAACGUUUCCAUUCGUUGUGCAAGAUAAAACACGAAAAACAUUUGAAGUUGUUACUAUUAAAUGUUAAUUUUUAUAUAUUUCAUAUUAUAAAAAAAAUCUUGUAAAAUAAA